GCUGAGAACGAGUCGCUCGCACGGGAACCUGCCACCCGUGGCCGCGGCAGAGGUGGGCGCGGUGGCCGUGCUGGCCGUGGUCGAGGCGGCGGUAGAGGCGCUUCCUCGUCAGCUUCGGGCAUUUCCAAAUCAACGUAUACCAAGACUGGUCGUGGCGGCACGCGGAGAGGUCGAGCCAAGAGCUUCGCAGACUCCCGCGUCCAGGCCGCCUAUGAGCGCCAAAGAGAUCUCAAGGCCACCUACCAGGCCGUGGCGCAUGCCCUCAAGCCCGCCUUGCAGGAGCUCGCCGACCGCACCAUUGAGGAGAUCCUGCAAAGGUCGGACUCACAUCGAUACGCCAGUGACCACCUGCCUGUCCUGCAAGAGCUUCACGAACGGCUCCAACAGAAGCUCGACCUCUUUGACCGCCAGCUGGAUGCCAAUCUGAAACUCGCUGAAGGCACAUACAAUGCCGAGCAGUAUGUCCUAGAACAGGAAUUCAUCAAUGGUCUUGAGGACAUUGAAGAACAGUUUUACGACGGUCAAGGUAACCGUCUCCGCAUUCUCUCUGCCCUGGAAUCAAGAGAUCUCCCGGUAGAUAUCCGCGAUGACCAGUAUGAGUAUAAAGUCAUCACUGAUCACCACCUCGACAAUGAUUUUGGCAUCUAUGAAUGCUACAAGGAUGGCCACUUGGUCCCUUAUCCCUCGCGAGUCGAGGGCACCGAGAUGUGGCAAAAGGUGCGCGAUGCUGAGGCUGCCGCCGCCAUUGUGUCUGCCACCACGAGCUCUUCUGGCACUCGAGGAGGAAGAGGAGGCCGUGGCCGAGGCAGCAACAAGCGCCGUGCCCAAGAUGCGCCGGAUGGCCAGCCCACACCCAAGAAGUCGACUCGCAGCAACUUUGAUAGCCAGCUUCUGCCCGCCGCCCCAAUUGCCCCGGCCAAGGGUCUUUUGGCAACCGAAAUUGAAGCUCACAUCGAAGGCGCUCCGGUAGAAGAGGAUUCUGCUCCUGCCUCCCCCGAGCCCGUCAUCAUCCCCAAUGGCGCGACUUCUACUGCUCUAGUCAAGUCCAAUGGCAAGCUGUCAGCUCGCGAAAAGAGCCCACCCCUGCCCAAGAACAUCUCGGAGCCUGAUGAAUAUGGCUGCCGCAUGUACAACCAGAGACCAUCAAUGAAAGAGAAGGGCAUUAACAGCCGCCUUCUCGCUCCGCGACUCUUCUGGUUCGAUGACCACGACAUUGGCUUCCGUGACAGCUCAAAUGACUCGUCCAAGGGCCACACCCGCGCCAAGCGAGGUAAAUACCUCGACACUCCCAAUAGCAACGGCAUGCACUUUGACUACUGGUGCAACGGCUACGACUACUCCAACACGCGUCCGUCUGAUUUCGACCAGGAGCUGGUCAAGAAGCAUGGCCUCCACCCCAAAUAUGGCAUCUUCUUGCCCAACAGUACCAACGUGCCGGAGCCAACCACCCCCUUUGUCAUGCCCGGAAAGCCGGUGGUGUAUAUUGCCGAACCUUCUGGUCGCAUCUCUCACGCUUCGCGCUCGUUCCAGAGGACGAUUAACUAUCGUCGUGUGGUUGAUGCGCCUGUAAGAGUGAAGAUGAAUGCAGUUAUGCGCCGCUUCUGCAAGAUGGAUGACAUCCCCCUGGAAGAUAUCGCCGUUACAGAAUAUCUGCCCACCGAGGAGGAGCUUCGCGCCCGAUCUCUAGGCACAGCAGCCAUGGAGCUUGAGUCCAAGCCCGAUAUCGUGGAGACCUCGCCCGAGACCGACGAGCAGGUCGCCACUGAGGAGGAAUCAGUCGAGCCGCCCCAGGGUGGCCUUGCCGCCAUGUCUGUUCUGACCUACGCGACUGCUUUUGUCGAGGCGGAAGAGAAGACGCGAGUCGUGGUACCUGCACCAAAGCCUGCAAGAUAUGAUGCCAUUAGAGAUGUCUUCACGGAUUCCAAACCUGCUGGGGCACCUGCUGUUGAGACGAACAACAACCUCAACCUCAAUUUCCUUGCUGGGCUGUGCAACGUCACGAGCCGCCUACAAGAACCCGAGGGCAAUACCGCCACGGCACCGACUCCUCUGAUUCCCAUGCCCAUGCCCAUGCCAAUGCCCGAGUUGGAAUCCGACAUGAGAACCAAACGCGAGGAGAUGCCGCAAGUUGUUCCUUUGAGCCAUAUUCCCAUCAGUGGGCAGCAUGCCCCCAUUGAGCCUGUUGGAGGAUAUAUCCAGCACCAGCGAGAGCUCCCACUAGUGCAACCAGUCGGCCCGGGUCAUGUUGCCGUCCCUCACCCCCCUCACCAUGCACCAGAGCCAAUGGCCUAUCAGCAGCCUCCUCCCGAGCAGCCUGUGGUUCAUCCACCGCCACCAAGGGCUAUGGAGUACAAGCAGCAUCCUGCACCGCCUCUUCCUCCACAAGCUCCUCCCGUUCAGGAACAACACCAGCCCUACUAUUCCUCCUACGGCUAUAACGUGCCGGAGCCUCGAGACAUGCAUAUGGGCUCUGGACGACCAGUCGAGCCGGUCUACGCAGGUAGCCGCAUGGCAAACUAUGGACCCGAAGGCCCCGGAUAUCCUCGCGCCUACUGGCCAUCCCAGCAGCCUGCUCACCCUUCGGCAGUUAACCAAGCUCCGCCGCCACCACCUCCUCAACAGCCGCUGCCGCAGCAGCAGCCGCAGCAUUAUCCACAGGCUCCUCCUCCAAGGAUGCCCUUCUCCCAUAACCCAAAUCCUGAAACACUUCCGCCUCAACCACUUCCGCCUCUCCGACCACCUCGAGGUCGUGCUCAACCUGUCCAAGAUGACAUGAUGCGUGAUUCUAUGAUGAGGCCAGCCGUUCACGGCUACUAUAACCCUCCUCCCCCAUCUCGAUCUUACCACCACGGCUAUCCUACCGCCGAACCUCUUGCUCCUAUGCCAUCGAUCGGACCGGAGAGAAUCCUACCAAAUCCUCAGCAACAGCAGUCGUACAUGGGACCGUCUGGCCCUGGCUACCAGCCUCAAAUUCUGUCGCCAACUUUUGGUAACCCCCAGCCAAUGUCUGGUCCCAUGGCCCAGAGCCCUCCUGGGACACCACAGGGACUUCACAGCUCGAUGCACCGCCAUCGAUCCACACCUUCGGGGUCCUCUGAUGCUGGAUCUGGCAAAUAUCGCAAACUGCAACCCGCUCCAGUCCCUGCUCACCGAGCAUGGUCGAACAAGCCAGAGCUAAAGACGAUUCCCUAUGACCACAAGGAAACCGGCUCGUUGGCUGCCCUUCCAAGCUCAGGCCCGACGCAAAUUAGAGGAUGGAAUGUCAAUCAGCCUCGGAAGCGAAGCAAGGCUGAUAAGCAGGAGAGA